AUGUCCAAUGAUAGUUCUGGUGAUGUUUCAUUUAGUGAUUUAUUGAAAGGAUUGCCUCAUAGAUUAACCAGACAUGGCUCAGUAAUAUUAGCAGAGACCGGUGAAAGAACAAGGCGCUUCACGCUACCAGAUGUUGAUGUGGAUGACUUAGAAAGUCAGGCAUUAGUUUCAAGACCUCAAGGACAAUCAAGCGUUCUAUCUUCCAUAGGUCAUUAUUUGAUAUUAGCAAAAAAUUAUAUCCAUCAACAUCGUUUUGUCUUAAAAUGUUCAUUAGCAUACCUUUUAGCUUCGUUAGCUGUUUAUAAUACUGAAUUAUCAAGAAUUCUUGGGAAAAGUGACAACAAACAUGUUGUUGCUACUGUUGCAGUUUAUUUCCAUCCUUCAAGAACUUUUGGUUCAAUGCAUCAAAGUUUAAUAUUCACCAUCAUAUCAAUUUUGUUUAGUUUUUCGGUCUCACUUGUUUCAACAUCAAUAUCGAGUUAUUUUUACCGUGAAGGGCUGGAGUGGGUCAGCUCUAUAAUUAAUUUAUCUUUUGCAUCUGUUGCAUUGGGGUUCGUUUCAUAUAUGAAGCAGAAAAAGAACCAUCCUACUUUCAAUACUGCAUGUUCACUAGCUUCUAUCUCCAUUAUUUCUGCAAUAGUGAAAGAAGGUGCUCAAAACGGUGGUGAUAUUCCAUUUUAUAGAUUAUACAAUUUGUUCAAAAUUGUUUGUCUUGGUUCACUAAUUACAAUUCUUGUUUGUUAUUUGAUCAUUCCAACAUCUGCAACAAAGAAACUGAAAAAGGAUCUUAAUGAAAGUUGUUCGUUAAUGUCAUCUUAUUUAUCAAAAAUUGAAACAAGUUUCAUAUCUGGUGGUGAUGUUAACUCUAGCGAGAUUACAGCUCUUGGUUCCAAAAUUAAAAAGAAUACAACAAACUUGAAUGGCUCUUUAGAUGAAUCUAAACUUGAACUAUUUGUUAUUGGAAAAGAACAAGAGUUUCAUGUAUUGAGUAAGUUGGUUAGAUCUGCCCAACUUCUUGAAAGUCAAUUAGGUGGAUUAAAAGGUUCAGCUGAAAUGCAAUGGUCAACACUACAUGAAGAACAAAGUGAUAUUUCUAAUAAUCAGUCAACUGCAACAUCUGUUCGCACACUAAGUUCUGGAAGUGAAUCCGAUCAAGAAACAAACUUGGCAAUGAGUGAAUCUACAACAACUUUAGAUGAAAUGACAGCUAUCAAUCCUUCCCAAUUGUUUGAUUUGUUUAUUUACUACUUGGGUCCAUCUUUAAGAUCUUUUUCAUAUACAAUUCGUGGUGUUUUAGAUGGUAUGCCUUUUGAAGAGGCUAAAAAUUAUCCAACAAAAGAAACUUAUCAUUAUAAAAAUAGUUUAAGAUUAGCUAGAGAUUUAUUUGUUAAAAAACAUGAGAGAGCUAUUAUGAAACUAUAUGGCCAGAAAAUUUUCAAAGUUAAUACUACAAUUGAAACAAAAAUCGAUGAAGAGGAAGUGGCUGCUAGUUGUGGGAACUUUGCAUCGAUAUUAACUCAAUACUCUAAGGAAUUGGAUACUUUCAUUGAACUGUUGAGUGAAUAUAGUGAAUUGUUGGAAAAUAAUCCAAAAUCUUGGAGAUGGCUCAAGUUUUGGAAAAAGUCUGACAUUAAUGGUCAAGAUGAAAAACCAUUACCUGACCUGAACGUUGCUUUAGAAAAUUUAAACAAUACAUUACAACAAAGAACUCAAGGUACGGAUCAGAAGAAUACGUUUACCUAUAAACUUUGGAGCUUUUUCAGCUUUUUCAGAAGAGUGGAAGUCCAAUUUGGUAUAAGAGUUGGACUAGGUGCAUUUGUAUUAGCAUCAUUAGCAUAUUUACCUCAAACCAAGGAAUGGUUUAUGGAAUGGAGAGGUGAAUGGGCAUUGGUUACAUAUUCAAUCAUUAUGAAUAAAUCUUUAGGUGGUACAACUAUGACGAUCAAUUGGAGGUUUUUAGGUACAUUUUUAGGUGCUUUUGCUGCAUAUUCAAUAUGGACGUUAUCUGAUGGGGAUGUUUAUGCAUUAUGUUUCACAGGUUGGCUUAUUUCUGUUUUCUGUUUCAAUAUCAUUUUGAAUUGGAAGGAAAAUAAUGCAUAUGGAAGAUUCAUUUUAUUAACAUAUAAUAUCACAGCUUUGUACAGCUUUAACGUUACAAGAUCUGAAGAUCUGGAGGAAGGUGAUACAGAUCCAAUCAUUCGUGAUAUUGCUAUCCAUAGAUUUAUUGGUAUUGUGGCAGGUGUUAUUUGGGCUUUGAUCAUGACUGUUACGUUUUUACCAAUAACUGCAAGACAUAGAUUGAAGAGAGGGUUGUCUUUGCUUUGGUUGAGACUAGGUGUCAUUUGGAAUUCUGAUCCAUUGGGCUAUAAAGAUGAUAUAUUGGUGGGACUGGCUGAUCAAAGAGGGAUCAAUCAAGUUAUGAGAGAAUUAGAGUUACUUUUAAAGCAAGCACCAAAAGAAACGAGAUUGAAAGGGAAAUUUAGGCUAGAUAUCUAUAAGAAAUUGAUGAAAUCUACACAAAAGAUUAUUGAUUCAUUUCAAAAUAUGAAUACAAUGGUUGAAGUUGAACCAAGACUUUCCGAAAACGAGCUAAUCGUCUUGAAUUACACAGAGCAAGAAAGAGAAGAAUUACAAAAUAGGAUAUUCCUAAUAUUUUACAUGAUUUCGUCAUCAAUCACCUUGGGGUUCCCAUUACCUGCAAAACCUGCUUCAACUGAACAUGCCAAAGACAGAAUCAUGGUAAAACUUGGUGACAUUAGACAAAGAAAGUUAUUAUCCAAUGAAGAUUAUGUCUUGAUGUAUUCAUACGUCUUGGUUAGCAAUGUCAUCACAAAGGAAUUGAAUAAGGUAAUAAACUUGCUUGGUGAUUUAUAUGGCUUAGUUGAUGAGGAAACCUUUGAAAUAUAG